GUCACAUUGCGUUGCAUUUAUUGUAAGGUUUGGAUUAGAAAGUAUUGGCGCGUCUUUUGCAGAGUUUUGAGACCGACUUCAGUGCAAUAAGGAGCGGGAGAGUGCAGAGCACGUAGCCCGUGACCAUGGACAAGUUUCUGCUGCGCAAUCCCACAUGGAAGACAAAGACGUACGGAUCGGUCGUGGCCAGUUCCACGGCAGCCGCCAAGAAAACAGCGGCGUCACCGAUCCGCCGACCGUUGCAGGAUUCAAAUCUGGGCGACUCCAGGUCCAAGCCAGCGGCACCGGCUCCCAAAUCUCUAUCCCAGGCCCCGGCAGAUGACCAGGUGGCCAGGGAUCGGCUGAUGCACAAGCCGGCAUUGGCCGUCUCCAAAGCGAUCAGCCAGCACCGCUCCGAAUUCCAUCAGGACCAGAACCAGAACCAGGAGGGAGCGGAGAGAGCUGGAGCAACACCAGCUCCACCCAUCGGAGCAGCCACGCCAACCAGGCAGGAAGGACACUGGGCCCGACUGCAGCAAGAUCUCAACAGCCCCAACGCGGCACUCCGACUGCGCGCCAUCCGUGCAUUAAAAAGCCCAACCAAGUCGGCAUACAAUACCUUCGAUGUGCCUUUGGCCGAACAAAGCAUCAUCACGAUGGAAGAACGCAAUCCCCAGGAGCCGCCCUCUCUGCCCGAGUUGCUCAAGGACAUAGUCGUAUAUGUGGAGGUGCGAACUGGAAACGACAAUCGCUCGGAGGGCGUAAAAACUAUUAUUGCCAAAAUGGGAGCCCAGGUCAAAGACCGUCUAACGCGAACCACCACACACGUUGUCUUCAAGGAUGGCCAGCUCUCCACCUAUAAAAAGGCCGCCGAGUGGAAUAUACCAGUCGUUUCGAUUCUGUGGAUUGAAGCUUGCAAGGUGCAGCGCAAAAUAUGUGAUCCUAAGCAAUUUCCCAUUAGCAAUAUACGCAUGUACGAGUACCCCGAACUCUACGGCAAAAUGCCGCGCGUUAAGUUCAUGCAGCCGGACUCCGAGUUGAGUCAGCGACCCCGUAAGCGCCAAGGAACACCUACAUCCUCCAAAGACAAUGAACCAGGAUCGGCUAAUAAACGAGCCCAGCCCGGAACUCCAACAACCAGCACACCAAAGAAUGACAUCAGCCGCUUUUUUAAAGCCAUCAACAACAAAAAACCAUCGGAUAAUGAGGAGAUAGAUUCGCCAGCCACCAAACUACUCAACAGGAUAAGCAGUGGCUGCUACACUCCUUUGCCAGCAGUGGCUACUACCCAGCUGUUGGGAACCAAUGGCAGUGGAGAUGCAGUGGCCGAGAAAGUGCAGGCCCAAAAGAGUCUGCAAUUUGGAGAGCAAACGGGCACCAGUACCCUCCCGCCAAAACCUUCGACCACUUCACGCCCACGACGGAGUACAGUGGAUCCACCACCGGUAAUGACACCACCAGUCCGCACCACUCGUCGUCGAAGCUGCGUUGCGGAAAUCAGCAGUCCCCUUGCAACGGAUACGAGAAUGACCCGCCGCAGGAGUUCGCUACUGACUUCCACGGUCAUUCACGAGACUGAUCCAGCUCAAACCGCAGUUGCAGAACCCAGAAUGACUCGUCGCCGGAGCUCAUUGCUAGCGACUGCCAAGCAGCCAGAAGAAACAGCCCAAAGGCAAACUAUUAAAACCAUAACGGAGGAGCUGGCUCCCGUAGAAGAGAACAGGAAUUCAAUAGUUAUGGUCCAGACCAGUAUAAUCAACAAAACUGAUUGUGUUGAGCAAUCGAUAGAGAUAACCGCCGUGGAGGCAGAAGCUUCAUAUAAAGCGGACAGACGUGGCACGCUCUAUGCCUCAGAAUGCAUGGACAUAAGUUCCCCUCGUCGGCGCAGCGUGGCCAAGUCGAGCUCCGAGCUAGGGCAGUCGCUCAGCAACGUUGCCGAAGGACAAGUAACGCCGCUGUUCAGCUCCACACGACUGCCCACAGGCCAGUCCACAGGAAAUCGCAGGCGAACCAUUUUCAACAUGGACAUGGACGUGAUCAACGAAAGCAUCGAAAAAAUGAAUGCAUCGCAUCGAAUGUCGCUAGCCUUGGCUAAUGAGGCGGAGUUGGGCGAGUCCCACAAAGUAACUGAACAAAAACCACCGCAAGCAGAGCCAGACGCACAUCAAGAGCCCAAAAGGCGGCGCCUUUUCAAUCCCAACGACGAGGUGGUCAUUUCGCCACCGAAAAGUAACAGAAAGAGUCGUUUGAGCAUAGCAGGGUCCUCGAGCUCCGUGCAGAAGCGUCGACGCUCAUUAGCCACUCCAGCCAAAUCUUCAUCAGCAGAGAUGUGUGCCCCGACUGCUCUUUCCAAAGGUGACACACCCACGCAGGCAGAAAAUUCCAAAAACAAUGUAGAGACAUCCGAAGCUUCGUUGAAUGCCGUUCCAGAAGGGGAGGAAUCCAUUUCAAUCACAGGCGAAGAGGAGGAAAAGCCGAAGGGGAAACCACGUUCACGGAUUCGCACGCUAGUCCACACAAACAUGCACCAAGAGCAGAUCAACGUCAUCCACAAGGCCCUGCGCAAGUUACGCGGCAUGCGGCUGGAUCCCACCGUGACUAAGCGCACCACCCACCUGGUUAGCCUGGAGCCGCGUCGAACCCUGAAUCUCCUGCGUGGUUUGAUGCGCGGAGUCUGGAUCGUCAGUUACCAGUGGGUAUUGGCAUCCAUUCGGGCAGGCAAGUGGAUCGGUGAAGAGCCCUAUGAACUGACCAGGUUUUCGCGUGCAAUCGAGAUUUGCCGUACAGAAAGGCAGGCCUUUGGCGUCCACUACCACUGUGAGUUGUUUCGCUUCAUGGAACCAUUUUAUGUGUCCUCCCUCUGCCGACCGGUGCAGUUUAACAAUAUGAAGGAGCUGCUUCUGCUGGGCGGCGCCACCCUGACCGAGAACCGCUUCAAGGCCAAGUACGUCAUAGGGGACAAACGACGCGCCGUGGACGACCGCAUCUAUCUCGACCCCUACUGGGUACUAGACAGCAUCACGAAUAUGCAAAUACAAAGGUUCAGCAAAUACCUUAUGAAGAGCGCCAUUAUCUCAGCCGAGGGCAUCCGAUACGAGGAUCCUAGGGAGCGCGAUGAUGACGAGACCAAUUCGCAGAGAAGACACCUUCACGACUACGUCGAUCCGCCGUUUGUGCUGGACAAAUAGAGAUCAGCGGGUGCAUCCACUUAACUAAAUUCAUAUUUUAGCCUAAACACACCUGUUUCACCUUUUUGUGCAAAAUGCGCUAUUGUAAAUAUAUAGUUAUAAUUAAUCCUA